AGUCUGAGACAGAAGGACGAGGGACAGGACCACGCGUGUAAUCUCCCACUGAUCCGCUCCUGAAAGCAUGAAUCCUCUGUACGUGUCUGCGCUGCUCUAUUUUCUUCUCCUCGGCUUCCUGCCUCCUACAGGAGCAGAGGAGAGUGAUGGAGGAGGGGAGGUGAGGGAGAAACGGAGCCUACCCUACUGGGGCCUGUGGUCGUCAGACUUUUUCGGGUGGCUGGAGGAGCUGCGAGCCCGGGCGGCUCACGACGGGAUGCAGGACCUGGCUCGCACCUUCUGGGCGCACUUCCCCAUCGGCAGUGAGCUGGGCUAUGACAGUCCGGAGUCUGACCCUGAACCUGAGAGAUGAGGCAGAGCAGAGGCGGGGUAGAGACAAGAGAUUUAAAAGUCUGAGGCCGACUUUAAAAUGAUGUUUAAAGUUCAUCACUUUUUUUCUGUAACAUUUUUUUCUUGUCUUCUAACCUUAUCAAAAUCCAACAUUGAGAGUUGUAAGUACUGAAGUGGUAUCCCUUCCAUUUGCCACAGACUGAGCUCACACAUUCAAAUGGAAAUAUGGGUUAUACAUAAACAAUAGUGUAUUAUUUGCUUGCCAAAAAUUCAAAUACAAAGAAAUGUACAGUAUAUUAUUCAGUGAUGACAUCAUGUUUGACAUCUAUUGCACCUCUGUCUUUUUGUUUUUCCUUAUCUGCUGUGAGGGU